CCUGUACAAGGAUGUAUAAUUCAAGAUGGCAGCUCACUGUGCUUGCCAUGUUUUCGGAGUUUACAGAUUCAGUGGCAAGUUAUUGCGAGUAUCGAGCCAUUGCCGUGCCUUGCGGGUAUCAGACGUCCCACAGUUGAAGCUGUUCUCGACAGAUGCCCAACCCAAGACAGAAAAGAAACCGAAGGAUUCUGUAGCUGCUGUGAUCGCUGCUGCACAAGAUAGACGAACAGCGUAUGAUACGUUGAUCCAACAUGAGGAGUUGUCAUAUGAGAGAGGGCGCCGUCACCUUGCGAACAUGAUGGGAGAGGAUCCUGAGAACUUUCAGCAGGAAGAUGUUAAUAGGGCCAUAGAAUACCUGUUUCCAUCGGGCCUGUUUGACAAGAAGGCCAGGCCAAUGAUGAAACCCCCGGCGGACUACUACCCGCCCCAGAAAGCAGCCCAGUUUGGAGCGGACGGUAGACCGUUCGAUGCCUUGUUCUACACCGGCAAACCAAACUACUACAAUCUGAUGCAUGAGACGGUUACUCAGAUGAAUAAAGUCAUCGCCAAGGAGGAUGAGAUGAUAAGAAAAGGAAUCCUCAUACAUGAUUCUGAACCUGUGAAUGUUUCAAGGAGCGAAUGGAUUGACAAAGCCACUGUUGAAAGAAUCGUUGUAGAGUCACUGUCAGACAAAGAGUAUUCAAACUUCAUCAAUCUGUUGGAGAGGAUACUUCAGCUACCGUAUGCGAGUGAGGUCAGUGAUUAUAUCCACAAAUAUAGAAGAGAACUGGUAGCCGAGCUAAGCAAGGAAAUCAUUAGCCCAAUCCAAGAAGAUGAGAAUGGUCGACCGUACAGCACCGGGGAUGGCUGGCGGAAAACUGCUAAGGCGUGGGUCACUCUGAAGGAUCAUGGGAAAGGUCAGGUCACCGUCAACGGAAUAGAGUUUCUCAAAUACUUCACGUGGGUGCGAGUGAGAGAACAGAUCUUAUUUCCAUUUCACUUCACCGGAACCUUGGGGCGUUUCGAUCUCGAGUGUGAGGUCCUUGAAGGGGGCAUUACGGGUCAGGCUGGUGCGAUCAGACUUGCUCUGUCGAGGGCGCUGUGCAGCUUCGUAGAUCAGCAGAAGAUAGAGCAGAUGAGGCAAGCUGGACUGCUCACAUUAGAUCCAAGGAUAAGAGAGAGGAAAAAGCCAGGGCAAGCUGGAGCAAGAAAGAAGUUCACAUGGAAGAAAAGGUAGCUGUUGAAUAUGGACGUGACAGAACUAUUCAUGAACUAACAGAUCCAAGAUACUGUCCUCUCCUAGAUAGCUGUUACCUGUGGUUGCGAAAGAACUUCCCACGAACUUACAGAUCCAAGAUACUGUUCUUUCCUAGAAAGUUGUUACCUUUGGAUGCAAAAGAACUUUCUGUGAACUUACAGAUCCAAGAGUCCUUUCCUAGAUGGCUGUUACCUGUGGACGCGACAGAACUUCUUGUGAACAUACAGUUCCAAGAUACUGUCCUUUCUCAGAUAGCUGUUACCUUUGGAUGCGAAUGAACUUCCAAUGAACUUACAGAUCGAAGAUACUGUCCUUUCCCAGAUAGCUGUUACCUUUGGACGUGACAGAACUUCUCAUGAACUUACAGAUCCAAGAUACUGUCAUUUUCGAGAUAACUGUUAUUUGUGGACGCGGAAGAACUUCUCAUGAACUUGUCAAAAUAAGCGUAGGAGCAGUUGUCCUAAUAGCAAAUAUUGCUUUACCGAGGCAAUUGCAGUGCUUCAGUGGGAUAUGUACCCUGGACCUUGAAAUGUACGAUUGCAGGAUUUGCCACUGAUCCACAACAUCUCUUCAAGUAGCAUUCAUGAAUGUUAGGUCUUGGACUUAUGGGUCUCGCAUUGGAAUGAGAAAAUCAGGGUCCAGUAACAUGAAAUUAAAGAAAUUAAUCAUAAGUAUGAUUUAUUUGAUAUUGCAUGUUAAUAAAUGCAAUAAUUUUGGAAAAGAAAAAAAAACAUUGUAGCAUUUGAUUCAAUGUUACUGAGAAUGAUCUUCCAAGUUUCUUCACAAAUUUCUUUGUUAAAAUCACUUUUAAACUUGGUUAUUUGGGGGCCCCUCAUAGAAAGUUGCAUUUAACAGCAACUCAAAAAAGUCAAAUAAGCACUUCUGAAUGGUUUAACUCUAAAUAGACUGGGCUAUUUCGAUGCAUAAGAAGACUGGGGGGGGGCUGAUUCAGUCCCCCCCCCCCUAUGACCUCGGCC